AUAGCGAAGUGGAGGAAAAUAAGCUCACACACAAAAAUGGCGCUUAGACACGUUGGGUAUAAAAACAAACCAAAGGCGUCACAAAUUUCCUGCAAUCGCAGACCAAUCAAAACUCACUUUGAAGUUCGAGCUCCGAAUUCCACGGCCAUGGCGAAGACAAUGAUUUCAUCAGGUCUUCCCUUUCUCUCGGCCGUUUCAAUCGCUCUAUUCUAUUUCUUCCUGUUAGUCAAUUCUGCUCCAAUUUCGGAGCUCCCUGGUUUCUCCGGCUCUCUCCCUUCCAAGCACUACUCCGGGUAUGUGGAAAUCGACGAGAAGCAUGGGAGGAAUCUGUUCUACUACUUCGUUGAAUCGGAGAGGAAUCCGAUUGAAGAUCCGGUGGUUCUUUGGCUUAAUGGCGGCCCUGGAUGCUCCAGUUUCGAUGGAUUCGUUUAUGAACAUGGGCCAUUCAAUUUUGAAGCAGCAAGCACACCGGGCGGCCUUCCAACCCUUCAUCUUAACCCAUACAGUUGGUCCAAGGUCUCCAACAUCAUAUAUUUGGAUUCGCCUGCUGGAGUUGGAUUGUCUUAUUCAAAAGAUGAAUCUGAUUACAAUACCGGUGAUGUGAAGACUGGUCUUGAUUCUCAUAAAUUUCUUCUUGAGUGGUUUAAGCUGUUCCCGCAGUUUCUGCCUAACCCCUUUUACAUUGCUGGAGAGUCGUAUGCAGGAGUAUAUGUGCCAACUCUUGCCACCCAAGUGGUUAAAGGAGUAGAGACUGGUGUAAAGCCCACUCUGAACUUCAAGGGUUACUUGGUUGGAAAUGGAGUUGCAGAUGAUGUGUUUGAUGGAAAUGCUCUUGUUCCAUUUGCACACGGAAUGGGCCUGAUCUCUGAUGAGCUGUUUCAGGAGGUUGAAAAUACAUGCAAAGGAAACUACUAUGAACCCACUGACAAUGCCUGUGAGACCAAGCUUGCCAAAGUUGAUGAGUUGGUUGAUGGCUUAAACAUAUACAACAUUUUGGAACCUUGCUACCAUGCCCCUGAGAAGAUAAAGACUGUAAAUAUCGAGUUGCCGAGCAGCUUCCGAUUGCUCGGUGAGACUGAGAGGCCACUUGCCGUGAGGAAAAGGAUGUUUGGUCGAGCCUGGCCUCUUAGAGCUCCUGUGAGAGCUGGCAUUGUUCCAAGUUGGUCUCAACUUCUUGGUAGCACCGAAGUUCCAUGCACUAGUGAUGAAGUUGCAACGGCCUGGUUGAACAAUGAAGCAGUGAGGAAAGCAAUCCAUGCUAACACAAGUUUGGCGGGCACCUGGGAGCUGUGCACUGAUAAACUUGAUUUUCACCAUGAUGCUGGGAGCAUGAUCCCAUACCACAAAAACCUUACCUUGAAAGGAUAUCGAGCUCUUAUUUUCAGCGGCGAUCAUGAUAUGUGUGUUCCAUUCACGGGGAGCGAAGCUUGGGUUCAAUCACUUGGAUACAAGGUCAUUGAUGAAUGGAGGCCAUGGACGUCAAACGAACAAGUUGCCGGGUACUUACGAGGCUAUGAAAACAAUCUCAUUUUUCUUACCAUUAAGGGAUCUGGACAUACUGUACCAGAAUACAAACCACGUGAAGCUUUAGAUUUUUACCAGCGAUUUUUGGCUGGAGAAUCAAUAUGAAAAAAGGUAGUGUGUUGUAAUUGUAUUCUCUACUAUGUUAGAACUUGAUAAAUAAAUCACAAGAACACUAUUAGUUCUUGGUGUUUCUACUUUA